AUGCAUGCUCAGUCACUGAACAUGUCGGCUCGCACAGCUCUGUCCUCCGGACUAUUCAAGUCCAUUGCGCCAUCGCCCGUCGGUGCUCUCCGUCCCAUUCAGCAGACCACUCCCCGGACGACAUCCAAGCAGCUCAUGCGCCUCAGCUCCACGGCAGCUCGAUCAUCUAGCCCUGCUACUCUGGAUACAACCUCCCGUCCUCACGCCCAAAAUGCCUCCAUCUCUUCUGGACUGCGAUCACAAAGCACUGCUGCGACUGCGAACGAAGUCAAGCUCGACUGGAACUCGUUCUUCAAACUUCGCGCUUCGCGCCGCCGCUACUCUCUCGCUUCCUCGGUCGCCACUUCCCUUGUCAGUACCACCGCUGGAGUACAAAUCCUCUCUGGUCAGGAUCUUGAAGCCUUGGGCGGUGCUGUGAUGGGCCUCGACCCCUUCGUGGUUCUUGGAUUGGCCACAGCUGCAUGCGGUGCCGCUGGAUGGUUAGUUGGUCCCGUUGUUGGCAACGGAAUUUGGGGAUUGGUCUACAGAAAGUUCAAGCCUUCCGUCAAUACGAAAGAGAAGGAGUUCUUCGAUCGCAUCCGUCGCUUCCGCGUUGACCCGUCCACCAACUCGAUCGCUAACCCCGUCCCCGAUUACUACGGCGAAAAGAUUGGCAGUGUGCAAGGAUACCGACAGUGGCUGAAGGAUCAGCGUGCCUACAACCGCAAGCGCCGUAACUUCAUCGCUUAA